AUGAUGCAAAGUAGUAAAAAUAAUAAUGAUAAAAGAAGUAAAUUAUUUAAAAGAUUAUUAGAUUCCCAAUUUUUAAGAUAUCAUAUAUUUAGUUUUGUAACCGUCAUCCAUCUUCAAGAGCGUGAUCAUUAUGAAGAAUUGGAGAGGGUUAAUAAUGUUGGUAUUCUUAUUUAUACACGAAAGUUUCUAUUUGAUUACUAUGACCUUGGUUAUUUCCCAGAUCAGCUGAUUAGAUAUGGUUAUUACGAGAGGUAUAAAGAGAUAUUCAACACUAUGGUUAGAGAUCAACGUCCAACUAGUUCAUUAGAAAACAAUAAAGAAAAGAAAGAACAAGUAGAACAAAUAGAACUAAAGGAUGGUGUUUCAUGCUCCUCCGACUGGCCGACAGAGAGAAGUAACCCCCCACCCCGAGACUCGAAUGAAAGGAAUCUUCAAACGGCGGAUGAUGAAUCUCACUCCUCCGGUUGGGGGACAGACAGUGACUGGCGCUCUUCCCACUGGGAUACAGAGAGAGGAAACCGCCGACCCCGAGACUCCACUGAAAGGAACGAGGAUGGUGGAUCACUUGAAAGUAGUCCUUACGAUUUAUUUAAACAUCUCUUUUUACGUUCUAUAAAAACUGCUGUUCGAAUGGGAGCAUUAGAUCUCGUUGAAUUGGUAUACAAUACAUUCCCAGAAGAAUUGCAUUUAAGACCGAUUUUACAACAAGCAGUUCAAUAUGGUCAUCUUUCAAUCGUUGAAUUCUUUCACAACAAUGUCAAAGAUGGAAGUGCGUUUGAAAAAGAGGUAGAAAAAUACGGGUCUAGAUAUCCUGAUCAUCCAUAUUUGAUGGAAAUAGCAGCAAAAUAUGGUCAACUAGAGAUUUUAAAGUUUCUUCAUUUCAAUCGAACUGAAGGAUGUUCAACUACUGCCUUUGAUGUUGCAGCAUCCAAUGGACAUUUAGGUUGUGUUGAAUUUUUGCAUAAUAAUCGAACUGAAGGUCCGACAGGAUCCAAAGCCAUUGAUGAUGCUGUUUGCAAUGGACAUCUUGACGUGGUUGUCUUUCUCUUAAACAAUAGAACUGAAACUAUUUCCAAAAUUUCUUUAGCCUAUAAACUUGGAGAUAAACACAUUCAGGUUAUCAAAUUCGUCUUGUCGAACAGAACAAUGAGACCAAGAAUAGAUAGCAUUGUAUGUGCUGGGACAAAUGGACAUCUUGAAUUACUCAAGUUGGCACUCAAAGAAAGACCAGAAGUAGAGUUGCACACGAUGAUAGAUGAUGUAGCCCUUCAUGGACAAUUGCAUAUCCUUCGUUACCUCCACGAGAAUACCACCGCACAAUCUACAGACUUUGCAAUGACCAAUUCAAUAAGAAAAGGACAUUUGGAGGUCAUCAAAUUUUUGCAUUUUAAUCGAAGUGAAACUUUCCCUCCAGAAUCAAUGGCUACGGCUGUAUCUAGGAAAUAUUUACAAGUUGUCAAAUUCCUCGUCGAAGUCAUAAAAAUCGAUAUUGAAUCACAUCUACUUUACUCACCAUAUCAAUCAAGCUUUCAAAUUUUCAAAUACCUUUUUGAGAAAAUAUCAGAGAAAACAAAAAUAGAGCCAAGGGAUAUCGAAAUAAAAAGGUUAUUUGGUGGUAAAGAGAAUGAUUCACCUGAUUACAAUUGGUUGAAAGAACAUGAAUUUCAAUACUCAGAAUCAUUAUAUUUUGACACGAUUUAUCACAACAAUAAAGAUGGUUUCAAAUGGCUUCACGAGAACACAACACACCCUCUUACCACCGAGCACACCAAACAAGCAAUUGCUACUGGUCGUCUUUCAAUUGUUGAAUAUCUCAAUGAAAUUGGGGCACCAUUCCCACAAUACCCAAUGGAUAUUGCAUAUGAUCUACCGAUGCUCACUUAUCUCCACCGAAAUCGAACUGAAACAUGCACAAUACAAUCAAUGAGCAAUGCAAUCAAUCGAGGUGACAUUCAAAUGAUUAAAUACCUCAUAAAAAACAACUUAGAAAUUCAACAAAACAAUCAAUUGCAACCAUAUCGACAUCUGAUUCAAAAGAAAAGAGUUGGACUAUCCAAGAUGUAUUCUCAUUUAAAUUAUUAA